GGUCUCAUUUUGUCUUGGUUGCUCCCGGGCACCUACAAUGCAGAUUUGGACCAGCUGAUGGCUGCUUAUGCCGCAGACAAAGGUGAUGCGCCACAAACUUCACAGUCGCUGCAUUCCAUGGUGCUGCUACUUUCCCUCGGCAGUUGGCUCCUCCUCUUCAUGGUGGAGUUUGCAGCCUCCAUCUCCGAGGGAGAGGAGCUUCUGCACCCGGACAGGCUGGCCGCUUACUUGGCAAGUGCUGGCUUCGCAGUGGUGACCUGCGUGCUGCUUUUGGUUUGGUGUGCGCAGAAAUCGCGGAGGGCUUCAUAUUGCUCCGUUAUCCCAGCGGAGGGCAAAGAUUCCGCUGCCCGUGAGUGGGGCCCGCUGGUGUGUCUGUAUGCUAUUCAAGGCACCAUGGUCUUGGGCACGAUUUGUUGGAUUGGCUUUCACUCCAUCCACUUGCAGCGCCAGCAGGUUUGGCGCGGUGUCCUGACCCUUUACAGCCUGCUGAGCCUGGCAUUCACCUGCGCCCAGCGGCGUGCCCUUCGAGAAUUCGCUGAUGGUCCAGUCCCUUUGUUCUUGGACUUCGAGAUCAGCAGGACAAAGAGCAAGCAGUCAUCGUCACUCCAAAGCGUUAGUCCCAAGACGAACCGCGCGCGCACCAAGCGCUGGAGAUCGCUUUUCCAGGAUCCCAGCUUUGGCGGAGAGGUGGCACACAGCGAAGGCGAAGGCACUGAAGGCGUCGGCGCCGAGGGCGCUGAGCAGGAGUCUCGCUGUCAAAGCGGACGCCCGAGAUGGCGCAGCUUUGUUUUCGAAGAGCAGGCAGAGGCGGUGCUAUCGGCGACCUCUCCACGGAAUGGGUGGACCCUGCCCUCGACUUACCAGAAGAAUCUGACCAAGCUGAGAGGAGUGGCACGACGAGCAUCCUGCGAGUCCGUGGAGGAGUCCGUGGCAAGGAGAAGCUCCUUUGCAUCCUCCGCAGAGGGCGACUCCAGCUUUCCAAUCAGUCCAUCAUCGAACUCGAAUCCCUUCCGCACACUGCGGACUCAGAGCCAGAUCAGCGGUUUCAGCGACGUUUCGGAUGUGGUGAGUCCAACAGCCUUCGCCUUGACGCGGAGUUUCAGCAAGGAGUCGCGGAAGAUCAGCAAGGAUGGUCGCCGCGACAGCCGAAACAGCACUGGAAGCGACGGUGCUCUGUCCGACGUUUCUGACGGAUGGCACGAUGCGACAGCGGUCUGUGCAGUGGCACCUGCCCUGGCAUCUGUGGAGGAGGAGCCCUCCAGAGCUGACAGAAGUUCCGGCUCUAAAGCACGCCUGGAGGAGGAUCGUCCGCCUCCACCAGGACUGGGGCACGUUGUCAAGCUUCCACUGCUUCCGCUUCCAGAUGGGGCGGGCGCAGCGCCUGCGCUGGACACGGAGCGCACCGUGAACUCCGACUGUGUGGAUGGUAUCCUGCGGGAGCUGCACAUCCCGCCGGAGGCGGAUCUUGCGGGCUGAAGGGCAGAAGCGAUCUGGAUUCUGUGUGAGGCCUCGGAGCUGGCAGUUGCUGUCAUUCUAAUCCCGC